UUAUCAAUCGCCGACCAGCAGAACGGUGUGAAGAGUGAACCGGUGUAGACUGUAUUUCGCGAGCGUGAUAUCUUUACUGCUGAAGCGUGUCAUUUGCGUUCGUGGAAGUGUGCUAAAUUUGAGCCAGAAUUGUAUUAUCAGAUUGUGGGGAGAAAAAAAUAAAAUGAAGCUUGUGUCGGUCGUUCUUGCCGUGCUGCUGUUCGGAACCGUCUGCAGCAGCUAUGCGAUCGAGUGUAUGGAUGUUUGGGAUGAAGAAAGCAUUGCGGAGAUGAUCGAGGACGAUCGACGGUACGAGGAGUCGGUGAAAGCGGGCCACUCUCAUUACGAGGAAGAUGAUUACGAUGAGCAUCCCGUCGACAGUGAGGACGCAACCGUGCCGGACACGGAUGAAGAGGAUGAGGAUGAUGAUGCGAGCGAUCAGGCCCCGGUACACCACGAGGUAGGACAUUCGGCUCAUACAGAACAGCUGCGACAGAAGCGCGAGUCGGCAGUGGUCCAGCCGGAACGUCCAGAAGCACAAGGCGAUGCAAUCGAUGACGGUCCAUCCGACCUGGAGACUGCCGAAACGCAUCUCUUUCGGCCAGUGUUUCGAUACAAAUCCCAGUACACGGAACGGCGACGAGUGAGAACGCUGACCGGGGGUGUCAAUGUUGCACCUUCGCAGUAACAACCUUCCAAACACACCCAGUCGUCGUGUUUGUGCAUUAGCUCUAGUGUGUUCAUCUGUAAAUUACUCAUCCACAGCCUGACCGUCCCCCUCCCUCCCUUCAUCCCUCCCUUUGCCGCAUCUUUUUGCAAGUAAACCCCGCGAGUCGUGCGAUCACGCUCUGUGAGUGUAAUAAACAAGUAAGGUAGGGUUUUUAAUAGAGCUGUUUAUGGUUCUACGGUACGGAAGCUAGCCCAUCAAAAAGGGUAGCUUUAUUUCAGCGCUAAGAACAUUGUUGCCUGUUCUACGCGUGUGUGUGUUUGUGUGUGUGGCUAAACGGGGCUGGCGCGAAAAUCGCAUCAAGGUGCGAAUUUUUUGGACGGUUGGCGCAGUGUAAACACAUCGUUCGCCGGUAGCCGGCCCGUGUCAGAUUUAGGUUUGUCUUUGCAUGAUGUAGUAGUAGCAUUUAAGUGCGAGGAGGAAAAUAUGCGACUACGAAGUCGUAGUAAAAUGAAAGCAUCCUAUCAGGUUGUAGUUUAUACAUUCACUAGUUCCAGUUGAUAAUGCGGUAAAUUGUAUGAAGUGUUGUAGCUCUUUAAUAGCUGGAUAACGUCGUUAAAAGGUACAGAAAUGUAAAUAUAAGCUUAGAGAGUAAAUAAAUGUGAUUAAAAUAAAAUAAA